AUGGGGAUGAUGAAGUUGAUGGAGAUGAUGGUGAGGAUGUGGAUGAUGGGGAUGAUGAAUGGUAUGAUGGUGGGGAUGACGGGGAUGAUGAAGUUGAUGGAGAUGAUGUGGAUGAUGAAUGGUAUGAUGAUAUUUUUCUUUUCAGUUGCGUUUUGGGGAGACAUUGCGUUGGACGAGGAGGAUCUGCGGAUGUUUCAGAUCGACAGGACAAUAGACGUGACGCAACACACACACACUCUCACACACACUCACACACACUCCAGACAAGGACAAACGACUGAGGAACAUGUCAUCUCAAAGAAGAAAGGAUUGUUCCUCCUCCUCCUGGACAAAAUACGGAGGUUUGGCUUCGACUAUAGGCCUAUGAACUCCAGUCAAGAAUCAGCCUCCGGUCCCAGGACCCAGACUGGGAAAACAGCUGCUGGAAGGACUGGGAAGGCUGGGAAAGCCGUAAAGAGUGGGAAUACUGUGAAGUCGGCUAGAUUCGGGAAAACAGAGAAUGCCUGGAGUGUUGUUGUGAAGAAUCGUGUUCCCAGAGCAGCAACCUCCCGAGCUGAGAGGAUCUGGCCAGGGGGAGUCAUACCUUACAUCAUAGGAGGAAACUUCACCGGCAGUCAAAGAGCGAUGUUCAAGCAGGCGAUGCGUCACUGGGAGAAACUGACCUGCGUGACCUUCAUAGAGAAGACUGAAGAAGAGAGUUACAUCGUCUUCACGUACAGACCCUGUGGCUGUUGCUCCUACGUGGGUCGUCGUGGUAAUGGUCCUCAGGCGAUAUCGAUAGGGAAGAACUGUGAUAAGUUUGGCAUCGUGGUUCAUGAGUUGGGUCACGUGAUCGGGUUCUGGCAUGAACACACCCGGCCCGACCGAGACGAUCACGUCACCAUCAUCAGAGACAACAUACAACCAGGUCAGGAGUAUAACUUCUUGAAGAUGGAACCAGGAGAGGUGAACUCGCUGGGAGAGCAUUAUGACUUCGACAGCAUCAUGCAUUAUGCUAGGAACACCUUCUCACGAGGUAUGUUUCUAGACACCAUCCUCCCAUCUAGAGAUGAGAAUGGGAUCCGUCCUGCCAUUGGACAGAGGACCCGACUCAGUAAAGGAGACAUCUCUCAGGCCAGGAAGCUCUACAGAUGCCCCGCGUGCGGGGAGACCCUACAGGAGUCGACAGGUAACUUCUCGUCGCCCGGUUACCCCAAUGGUUAUCCCUCGUACACACACUGUGUCUGGAGGGUCUCUGUCACGCCGGGAGAGAAGAUUGUUCUAAACUUUACCACUAUGGACCUGUAUAAGAGCUCUCUCUGUUGGUAUGACUACAUAGAAGUUAGAGAUGGAUACUGGAGGAAGGCCCCCACUGCUAGGUUCUGUGGGGAUCAGGUUCCUGAGGGUCUGGUGUCGUCAGAGAGUCGGAUGUGGAUUGAGUUCCGAAGCAGCAGUAACUGGGUGGGAAAGGGAUUUACAGCUGUUUAUGAAGCUGUCUGUGGAGGAGAGAUCUUGAAGGAUCAGGGCCAGAUUCAGUCCCCUAACUAUCCUGAUGACUACCGUCCAUCUAAAGACUGUGUUUGGAGGAUCACCGUCUCAGAGGGGUACAACGUAGGACUCAGCUUCCAGGCCUUUGAGAUUGAGAGACAUGACAGCUGUGCCUACGACUACCUGGAGGUGCGUGACGGCCCGGCUGAAUCCAGCCCUCUGAUUGGUCGAUUCUGUGGGUACGACAGACCAGAGGACGUCCGCUCCACCUCACACAACCUCUGGAUGAAGUUCGUCUCCGACGGAACCGUCAACAAGGCCGGCUUCGCUGCCAACUUCUUCAAAGAGGAGGAUGAGUGUUCUAAGCCAGAUAACGGAGGCUGUGAACAGAGGUGUGUCAAUACGCUGGGCAGCUUCAAGUGUGCCUGCGACCCCGGGUACGAGCUGGCCCUGGACAAAAAGAGCUGCGAAGCUGCAUGUGGAGGUCUUCUGUCUAAGCUGAACGGAACCAUCUCCACUCCCGGCUGGCCCAAGGAGUACCCCCCUAAUAAGAACUGUGUGUGGCAGGUAGUUGCUCCAACCCAGUACAGAAUAUCAAUGCAGUUUGAAUCCUUCGAGCUGGAGGGCAACGAGGUGUGUAAGUAUGACUUUGUGGAGGUGCGUAGCGGCCUGUCGUCAGACAGUAAGCUGCACGGAAAAUACUGCGGUACGGAGGUUCCCGAGGUCAUCACAUCACAGUACAACAACAUGAGAAUAGAGUUCAAGUCUGACAACACCGUGUCCAAGAAGGGCUUCAAGGCUCACUUCUUCUCUGGUGAGGCCUCACUGGAGGGACCGCUGUUUCUGAUUGUGGGAUGUGGGAUGGGUUAUCUCUCUCUCUCUCUGUCUCUCUCUCUGUCUCUCUCUCUUUCCCUCUCUCUCUCUCUGUCUCUCUCUCUCUCUCUUACAGGCCUGCGUCGUGUCACGAACGCGUGUUUGUGUUUGAGUCGUGUCGCGACGCCAAGCGACCUCGACCCCGUAACCAUGACAAUGCGCCGGCGACCUCAGGCAGGGUCUAGGAUCAGGGACUGUAUCAGAGAGUCCCAGAGUAGGAGGGAUUAUUUAGGAUCUCGGAUCAGCUUCCCCUCACUACAUUUAAUGAUGAUCGUAUUUCAACACUGCUACUCUGAAUCAGACCAGCCUGUCCAGACCAACGUUAACCUCUCUGAAUCAGACCAGCCUGUCCAGACCAACAUUAACCUCUCUGAAUCAGACCAGCCUGUCCAGACCAACGUUAACCUCUCUGAAUCAGACCAGCCUGUCCAGACCAACGUUAACCUCUCUGAAUCAGACCAGCCUGUCCAGACCAACGUUAACCUCUCUGAAUCAGACCAGCCUGUCCAGACCAUGGUUAACCGCUCUGAAUACCAUACCUGA